AUGACUAUAAUUGCUGUCUUCACUGGAAAUUUUUUAGCUUUCAUUGCUUUUGUUGUGUUUGCUCAAGGUGCUGCUAUUCCAGACCCAGCUAAAAGAGAUGAUAACCCCGGUUUUGUUGCUUUGGACUUUGAGGUUACUAGAAAGCCCGUUGAUGUGAAUUCCACAUUAGAAAGGGCCAAAAGAGAUUCAGUAUCAUCUCCAUUGUACUUCGAAGGACCUGCUUAUGGUAUCCGUAUUUCAGUUGGUUCAAAUAGGCAAGAACAACAAGUGGUUCUCGACACUGGUUCCAGUGAUUUCUGGGUCAUUGAUGCAAAUUCAUCUUGCACAAAAGAGGGCACUGAGUGCAAAAAAUAUGGUACAUUCGAUCCAGACACCUCAACCUCAUUCAAUUACCUUGGCUUCCUUUUUGCAAUUGUAUUCGGUGAUAAAACUUCUUCGAUAGGUCUCUGGGCAGAGGAUACAGUUCAGAUUGGUGAUAUUACGCUUACUAACCAAAGUUUUGCAGAUGUUUCUUUAACUUCGGCAAUUCAAGGGGUCAUGGGUCUUUCACGCCCCCAACCUGACAGUCCCAAUGCUAGGUUUGAUAGUGUCCCUGUAACAUUGAAAAAACAGGGUAAAAUCAAGACCAAUGCUUACUCUUUGUAUUUGAACUCACCAGGUGCAGCUACUGGUACGAUUAUUUUUGGUGGUGUUGAUAAUGCAAAGUAUUCUGGAAAGCUCAUUGAAGAGUCUGUGGUUCUGGAUCAACAUUUUUCAAUCAACUUGCAAUCUCUCAAUUAUGAUGGCAAUAAAGAAUCAGCAGGUGUUGGCGUUUUGCUAGAUUCCGGAAGUACAAUCAGCUACUUACCAGAUAGAAUCGUUGCUGAUCUUGCUGAAAAGGCUGGUGCAAGGGCGGUACCAGCCGGAUUGACCGGAGACUUUUAUUUUAUCGAUUGUGAUGCCAAACCUGAGGGUAACGCUACAUUCACUUUUGACAAUGGUGCCGAAAUUUCAGUUCCAUUAACUGAAUUUGUCACUCAAAGUACCAAUGAAUUUUGCCCUUGGGGCUUGCAAAGUUCUGACACACUGGGCGGUACUCCAAUCUUGGGUGAUAAUUUCUUGAGACACGCUUAUGUGGUCUACAAUUUAGAAAAAGAUACCAUUUCUCUUGCCCAAGUGAAGUAUACUUCCGAAUCAAGUGUUUCGGCAAUUUGA